AUGUUUUUCUCGCGCGAAUCAGAAGACGCCGUCAACUUUAGACUGCAUACUGGACUUCAGGAACCUGUCAAGCGCUAUCCUUAUCCGAAGGUCUAUGUGCUACUGAAGAAGACUCUUCCCCUUCCUCGCUUCUGCGCGCGGAGCGGCAGUGCCUUCUCCAUGUGCGCAGACUUCCUCCUUUCCGAAUCUGCGCCACAGAUUAGAUCAUCACCGAUUUACCGCUCUCGCUUCUCUCACAUAUCGGAUGUGAUUGUCCGAUGUUGA